UCAGUGUUUUUCAAUUUAUUUUGCAGGGUCGAAACUGAGCCCUUCGAAUGAGUUUUUUUUCUUCUUGAAAUAGUGUAGGAAAGAAUUUGUGCAGCCAUGUACAAUUUCAAGAAGAUCACGGUCGUGCCCACGGCGGCGGAUUUCAUCAACAUCAUGCUGAGCAAGACGCAGAGAAAAACGCCGACGGUGGUGCACAAACAUUACAAAAUAUCUCGUAUCCGUCAGUUUUACAUGCGCAAGGUCCGAUUCACGCAGCAGAAUUUUCACGACAGAUUGUCAAUGAUUUUGACUGAGUUUCCAAAGAUGGAGGAUAUUCACCCGUUUUAUGCGGAUUUGCUGAACGUUCUCUACGACAAAGACCAUUACAAACUGGCACUGGGCCAGAUCAACAUUGCACGCCACCUGAUCGACAAGUGGGUGACGUCGUCGCGUGUAGCGAAGGAUUAUGUACGGCUGAUGAAAUAUGGAGACUCUUUGUAUCGAUGCAAGCAGUUGAAAAAGGCUGCUUUGGGCAGGAUGGUGACAAUAAUGAAGCGACAGGCGAGCAGUUUGCAGUACUUGGAGCAUGUUCGACAGCACAUGUCUAGACUGCCGUCUAUAGACCCCAACACCAGGACUAUCAUUCUUUGUGGUUUCCCUAAUGUUGGAAAGUCCAGCUUCAUCAACAAGAUUACGAGAGCAGAUGUGGAAGUUCAACCCUAUUCUUUCACAACAAAGUCACUGUACGUGGGCCACACCGACUACAAGUAUCUGAAGUGGCAAGUGAUUGAUACACCCGGUCUUCUUGAUCAUCCCCUUGAAGAGAGAAACACAAUCGAAAUGCAAGCCAUCACGGCAUUGGCCCACAUUAGGGCUUGUGUGCUUUUCAUCAUGGAUCCAUCAGGUCAGUGUGGACACAACGUUGAAGACCAAAUCCGGCUUUUUGAGUCCGUGAAACCUCUCUUCGCAAACAAGCCUUUGCUGGUUGCCCUCAACAAAAGCGACGUGAUGCGCAGAUCCGAUAUGCACCCUGAUGAUGAAUCCCGGUUGACCAUUCUUGAGAAGGAAGGAAUACCCGUGAUGGAAAUGUCGACCGUGUCUGAACAGGGUGUGAGUGAGGUGAAAACCGAGGCUUGUGAACGUCUGCUGACCUACAGAGUAGAAAUGAAGCUCAAAGGCAAGAAGAUGGGCGAUAUUCUGAACAGACUCCACGUUGCUCUUCCAAAGGAGAGGGACUCGAUACAAAGACCACCGUGUAUCCCUGACGCUGUGCUUCUGAAAAAGAAGAACAAAGGAAUGGAAGUUGACGAAGAAGAUGCAAAAACUAGGAAACUGGAAAAAGAUUUAGAGCUCGAACUGGGUGAUGAUUAUUACCUGGAUCUGAAGAAGUGGUACGAUUUGCCCGAAGAAUAUCGUUGGGACAUCUUACCUGAAAUUUGGAACGGGCACAACAUCGCCGAUUUCAUGGAUCCCGCUAUUCAAGAGAAGUUUCAGAAGCUCUUGGAAGAAGAAGAAAUGCGGGAAAAGGCCGGGUUUUACGACGACGAAGUUGUUGAAGAGGACGACAAAAUGAAGUUCAUUCGCGCGACGGCUAAAAAGAUUCGCGAGAAGCGCAUGCUUUUAUCUAAUGAACAUCGAAUGACGAAGACGAGUACGAAGGCGAAGAUGCCAAGGCCUGGGAAAGUACGAGACCGGAGCGUGUCUCGGCUCCGUCGGGAAAUGUCUGACCUCGGCGUGAAUUUGCCGGGAAGGAAACGAAAGCGUGACAAUUCUAUGGACGUUGACGGCGGCGACGGUUUUGGAUCAAACUACGAACGAGCCGCCAGAUCCAGGUCACGACCGCCGCUGAAAAUGCUUCGCUCUGAAUCCGUCGUCAGGGCCAGGUCUACCAGCGUCUCCAGGGACAGGAGCGGUCUCAAGGAUGAAAAGGCAAUUACGAAGGUGAAAAAGAUUGCGAAAAAAGCUCAGUUGAAGAUGAACAGACAAGCAAGAAAGGGAGAAGGAGAUCGCGUUAUCCUCGACAUGAAACCCAAGCAUCUUUUUGCCGGCAAAAGAAAACAAGGCAAAACGGAUCGGGCGAAAAUAUUACGAGGAAUGAGAUCCCAAGACGUUCAUAAAAGAUUGUGGUUCAACUACGCGUCGGAAGCGCGCGAGAACUGGCCCGAAAGUCGGGAGAAGCUGGCCCAGGAUGAAGAAGACGAAGAGCCUGGAGCGUCGGACCGCAUGGGCGGUCAAAGUCAGUUGACACCGUCGCGAAAACGCCGUAGAGGGCCAAGUGCUACCCAUGCCCAAUACGAGAAGAUUGCCUUCCUUGGCGAAGGUCAGUUCGCCACGGUUUAUAAGGCGAAGCAUCCAGUGACUGGCAAAGUCGUCGCCGUGAAGAAGAUAAAAAUUGGCAGUAGGGCAGAAGCGGAAGACGGGAUCAAUCGAACGGCGUUGCGGGAAAUCAAAUUGCUUUACGAACUGAAUCACGAGAACAUCAUCGGACUGCUUGAUAUUUUUGGACAAGGUUCGAACAUAUCUUUGGUGAUUGAUUUCAUGGACACGGACCUGGAAGUGCUAAUUAAGGACACUGGAAUGGUCUUCACGCCGGGAAACGUAAAAGACUUCAUGAUUCAGACGCUGACUGGACUACAGUAUUUACACGAAAGGUGGAUUUUGCACCGAGACUUGAAACCCAAUAACCUGUUGCUGAACGAAGACGGGCUGCUGAAAAUCAGCGAUUUCGGGCUCGCCAAGGAAUACGGAGAUUCCAGUCGCCCCAUGACCCCGAUGGUGAUCACGCGCUGGUACCGACCCCCGGAGCUAUUGUUUGGGGCUCGGUGCUACUCGACAGGCGUUGACAUGUGGUCUGUAGGCUGCAUUCUGGCCGAGUUGCUGCUCCGAGCCCCGUUUUUUCCUGGAGAAUCUGACUUGCGCCAGCUGGAGAAAAUCUUCAGCGUCAUGGGGACUCCAACUGAAGAGAUUUGGCCGGGUGUGACGCAGUUGAGCGAUUACGUGCGAUUCGAGCCACAGCAGCCACACCGGCUAGAGGACAUUUUCAGCGCUGCACCAAGCGAUUUGAUCUACCUGCUUUAUUCCAUGCUGACUGGUCUCGUGAAGCGUCUGGAAUUCUGA